CCCGAGUAGGGUCGAAGGCGGCCGUGAGAACUGCGCUCCGGCUUAAACACAAGACCUCAUAACAAGUGCCUCGUUUUCGCUCCCCCCUGCGCGCCUUCGCCCGUCUCAUUUUGCACCGCGCCGCCUCAGCUGCCGCGGCAACAUGGGCUCGACCCCAGACAGCCACGAGAUGAACGGGCUGACCACGGCAAUGGGGAACGGCAAUGACAACGCCAACGCCAACGGGGACGCGACGCCUCCAGACGAGGGUCGAAGACAAUGGCUACGGUCAAAUAGACAAAUUAACAUGAACCAUUAUGCCAAUAAGAAGAGUGCAGCCGAAAGCAUGUUGGAUAUUGCUUUGCUCAUGGCCAACGCAUCCCAGCUGAAAGCUGUGAUGGAGCAAGGACCCUCUUUCGGAUUCUAUGCUCCACUGAUCAUUCUCAUCAGCAUCUCACUCGCACUUCAGAUUAUAGUUGGUGUGCUCCUAAUAUUCCUUGUUAAAUAUGACCUUAAUAAUCCUGCAAAACAUGCCAAACUGAACUUUCUCAAUAACCUUGCCACUGGACUGGUGUUUAUUAUAGUAGUUGUCAAUAUAUUUAUCACUGCUUUUGGAGUUCAGAAGCCGUCUCCCCCAGUACAGAAGGCAUAGAAAGAGACCAACAUUCUUUAAAAUUCUGAAGAGAGUUUCUGUAUUUUGUGCCAGUUUCGCUUGGAUGAAGAAACUCAACAAGCAUGUCUUUCUUUGAGUUGGAUUAUUUACCAGAAAGGCCAUUAUAUAUACAUUCCUAAUCUUAUAAAAAUGAUGGGCUGCCAUUUGGAGGAAAACUGAAUUUUAUUUGUAGCAUAAGGAGUUGCAACCAAAGAUGCUUGCACUGAACUUUCCAGAUAAACCUAUUAGUAUUGCUUCAGGAAAAAAACGCAGUGUAAAUCCCGGAGACUUUCUUAUGACUAUUGAAACUCAGUCCCCGUGCCUUCACAGAAAUGCUGAACCAAGAAUGAGAGCAUCUAUAUAUGAAAGCAUGGAGUUUGCAUAGGUAGGGAAAGACCCAUGUACAUUUCAGCAUUAAACAAUAAUUUUGUCUACAAGACUUUCAAAUCACAAUGCAUUAUGUAGAUAUAAAAUCCAAAUUGUUCAUUAUUUAUAUAAUUUCAUAUGAAUAAUUAUAUCUGAUAGGGUGCUAUGGAUAAGAAGAAAGUGAAUGCAAUCAAUGCAGAAAGUGAUGGUAAUGUUGGGACAAACAAACAUUUGUUUUGCAAAGACCACUUCCCUUUAAUUGGUCACUGAUAGUCAUUCCAAGUGUUCCAAAGAGGUGGGUGUCCAACCUUUUUUUCCCCAAGUAGAAAUAUAUAUUGUACAAUUUUGUAUUAUUUCAUUGAUACUGUAGUCUGCUUAGAACAACUGUGAUGUGUGAAGCCAUGCCUUAUGGCUUGUAAACCAUGGUUUAUGGCUGAGAACAUUUUGCAAACCCAGCCAGUUAUUUAAUAAACUAUGGUUAAUUCAACUGUAGUCUAGCAUGACGCAUGACCUUACUGUGUGAACACAUCACAACUUUGUAUAAACGCAUUAUAAUAUAGAUCAGGGGUGUCAGAUUCAAGGACCGGAUCCAGCCCAAGGGGUGCUUAGAUUUGGCCCAUGAUGCCACCCUGGAAAGAGCAAAGGACUGGACUGUGGUGUUGUGCCAGUGAAAACAGAGCUCAGGAAGGCCGUCUGCAGCCCCCCCAAGCUCCGUUUUCGCUGGAAGAGGGUUGCAGGAGGCUAUACAGUCAAAAAUGGAGCUCGGGAGCCUGUUUUUACUGGCAGAGUGCUUGGGCCACCACAGGUGCCCCCGACACGAGUAACGUCGAGCUGGCCUUGCCCCUCCUGGCCCCCUGAGGUCAAACACAACCCUGAUGCGGCUCUCAAUGAAAUCGACUUUGACACCCCGAUAUAGUUUUGUUUAUUUCUUGCCUCUGGAAUUGCUGUUUAUUAUAGCUUUUGAUCAAUUGUUUAAGAGAGUUUAUCUUUAUAUAGUACUUAAUCAGAACAAUUUGCUUGCCUGACUAAAACAGAGCAAAACUCCAAGUUGCAUCCAAAAUGUAAUUUCACACAAUUGCUAGGGGUUGUUUGUGUGUGUGUGUGUGUGUACGUGUUUGAGUUCCAUCUACUUUACCAUAAACUAAGGGAUGAUGUAAGGGAACAAUCAAACACAUGUGUUGUUGUGUGUGACAGAAUAGCAAAUUUAUUCUCAUUUCUUUCCUUCUUCCAUAUGCUACACCAUUUUGAGUAUCUUAAGCAUCUGCCAACUUUCCAUGUUACUCACAAACAGAAUACAUACAGAGAUAAUAGAGUCUUUUCACCCUGAGACUUGUGAAGAAUAUAAAAAGUAUCUCUCAUUCCUUUUGUGGUCCAGUCGUUCUGAAAGAAUCCCAAAAUGGUGCUGCACCUUUUUUUUUUUACUCUUUUUGUGCAUAAUGUCAGUGAGAAAUAUCUCUCCGUGCUCAUUUUGCCCAGUCACUCUUGAUAGUGAGAUGGUGGCAUAUAAAUUUAAUGAAUAAAUAAAUUUCACAACAAGGACCAUAAUUUCUGCUUUAAAAAGGAUUACUUCUCACUGCAAAAUCUUGAUAGGUCUAUCUUUUUUAUAUUAAGGAUGGCUUGUCAACACUUGAAUAGAGAAAUGCCAAGGUUUUCCCCAUUUUUCCUGCUUCAGUGAUCAAGACUCAUUCUAGAAUGCAUCUUAGAGUGUAUACCUCUUCAUGGAUCUUGCCAACACAAUUCAAAAGCCACAGUGCAUUUUUCUCUGGCCUGCACUGCUAACUUUAAAACUGUAAAGUAGAAAUAGAAAGGCUCAUCCUAUGCACAAGAUGAGAAGCAAAUUUUGAUUAUAUCAAAUUUUUCUCAUUAUCAUACUCUCAUCCUCUCAUUAGCUUUUUUAAAGUCAAUCUACGUAGGAAACAAUAAUUUUUUAAAAAGUAUCUUUAAUGAAACCAAGUCAGUAAAUUAAACUUUUACAGAAUAUAAUAUAUUAUAUUUACUACAAUUUUUCCUUUAAAAAAUAUAGUGAACAUUUUUCCUAAUUUAUCAUUUGUGAGCACAAACUGCACUCAAUUUUUAGUGACAUACAGAUCUAAUGUUAUUAACAUGUGUUCUAUUUUUUUUUAUUUUGAUUCAUUAAAUAUAUACAUUUUAUAUAAUAUAUACUGUAUAUAACACAUUAUAGACACAGGAGAGAAGCCAUUUCCUUUACCAUUUCAGAUGCUGCAUUUUUCUACUAAUAAGAUUAUAAUCAUAAGAUUCUAAAGAGUAAGUUAAUUUUUCUAGCAAGAAAAUAGAGAACAAAAAGGAGAGAAUUUUACUUGGAUAUCUGUUUUAUUCUCAGUGAAAAUAAUAGGAUUUUAUUAUUAAUAAGAAAGAUUUUCUUUUGUUCGGAUAUGAAAAUUGAUCAAAUGUUUGCAGAAUGUCGCUUUACAGCUACUGCCUUUAUAAGUUGCAUGAGUAGGGUUGCUUCUGCAUUACAGUCAACUGCAAUUUUGUACAUUCUUACCAGGAGAUGAAUUACUGAAUUAAGUAGGGCUUGCUUCAGCAAGAGCAGAUUUUUUUGUAGAUUAUAUUUUUUAAUAAAUUAUAUUAAAAUGCAGUAUAAUCAAAUAAUGUUCUGCUGUUUUUCAUAGUUAAUGUGUGAUAAAAUCAGAUUUUUACCUAAACAGUACCAUUGGUUCAGGCACUACAAGUGAGGAGUGUUCUAAAAUAGAAUAUCAAUUCAUGUCACAGAUUUUUGCAAAACAUUUUUACAGCAUAAUGAUUUGUUUGCUUGAUGUCAGUAAUGAGGUAAACUAGGGACAGCUGUGAGGGUGGGGCUGGGGGUAAAAAAAAAUGAAGAAAGAAAGGUAUCCAUGACUAUGCAAUCUAAGCCCUGUCAUUGAAACUGAUAAAUCUAAAUUAACUGGUCUCAAUCUGGCAUCUUGUGCAUGGUUUGGAUUACAGCACAUCGUAAAUAUUAAUAAAAUAUAAAUAUAAAAAAAUGUACUACAGACACAACUUGUCAUGAUUCUGAUUUUCCUAUUCACAGCAGAAACCUGUAUUUAGAUUGUAACUGCAUUACACUGUUUUCAUUUUCUUUUUCUUUUCAUUGCUGGUCAAUAAAGAGUUUUGAUAACAGUG